UGGCUGAGUGGUGCCUUUCUAGGCCAACAAAAGGCAGAUCCGGCUGGUUGGGAUAGAAACGGAGUGGGGGUGAGACGGCGCUAGAGUGAGAUGUCCAAAAACACAUUCACAAAGCCAAACAUUGCUACGUGAAUAAUCCCACAAACACACACACACAGGUGGUAAGGAGACUGGCCUGGUCUGUUCUUUCUCACAGUUAGAUGAUCCGAGUCAGUAGAAGCCUGGAUGUCGAACACUGAUGUUUAGCACCAUGUCAGCGGUGACCAGUCAGCCUCUUCCACUUGGCCAACUAGAGCGAGAGAAGCACAUCCAGAUGAUCUUCAGAGCUUUUCACAACCGCUGUGCUCCCUCCUGUGAGUGUCACCAAAAGCCUCCUGACUGGGAAUAUGAAGAGCAGCUGUUGGGUCUGACUCCUGAGAGGAAGAUGGAGAACGGCUACAUGCAGCCACCAGGAAAACUGAGGAGUCCAGGAGUGGAGGAACAGAAGGCUGAAGGGGCAACGGGUUCGCAUUUUAUGUCCGUACUGGAAACAGUCAGUCAGAUUCAUAUCACUGCCAGACCAGAGCUGCAAGGUGAGAAUAGGAGGGAUUACUUUUGCAUAUUUGUGGUUCUGUGUGUAAAAGGGGAUACUUGCAUUGUACAGAUUUGUCUGCUCUGCUUCCUGACUGCAGGUCCAACAUGUGUUUCUAGGAGGAUCUACAGCAUCGCCACAGGAGGCAGCAGGUCACAGCUGUUUGUGGCUGUGGAAGAGAGUUCCUGUGUUUGCCUCCAGUGCUGCGGUCCAGCUCGGGCCUGUUCCUUAAAGGGCUUUGACUGUAAGGGCCGCCAGGUCUUUUAUUUUGAAAGGCCCUUCAGGGUCGAUGCAUGCUGCCUUGGUUGCUGCCUGAUGGAGAUGAGAGCUUACUCACCCCAUAAACAUCUUAUUGGCACUGUUUGCCAGAGGUGGAGCAUGUUCACCCCUCUCCUGGAAGUGUGCGAUUCAGAAGGAGCCUCAACACUCAGAAUCCAGGGUUCCUGCUGUCCGAGCCGGUGCUUCUCCAACCAGCAGUUCCAGAUUGUCUCCAACAUUGGUGAGAAAAUAGGCACAAUAUGGAAGAAAUGGCCCGGCUUCAAUGAUGAACGGAACAUGGACCACGAAUAUUUUGGGUUGGAGGUGCCACUGGGUAUGGAAUCACACACCAAACUCCUGCUCCUGGCAGCCACUUUCUUACUGAAUCACAUGUUCUUUGAGAUGAGCUGAGUGAUACUGGCAGAGUGUAAGUGGACUACAACUACCGAGACACAGCAGCCAGACCACCUGUGGAACAAGAUACUGCAACAUAUACACCAAGUCUGCUGUGGGUUUGAGGGCCCUCUCUGGUGAAAAAUAAGUAUCAAAAGCAUCACAAACCUAAGAAACCAGUGACUUAAUGGAUCUGUACAUUCUGGAAGCAGUAGUAUAGGGUUGCAUCAAAAUCACAAAGACAUCUUACGUCAGGAAACAAUUGUAUUUUCACAGGGGAAAAAAUAUGUGCAUAUAUAUAUAUAUAUAUAUAUAUACACGCACGCACGCACGCACGCACGCACGCACGCACGCACGCACGCACGCACGCACGCACGCACGCACGCACGCACGCACGCACGCACGCACACACACACACACACACACACACACACACACAUAUAAAACUUUGAUAUAUGGAGAUG